CCCGGGGAGCGUCGACACCAGCCAUGUCCGAACCCCGGCCCGGACCCCAGCGCCCUGGCCCCGGGGAGCGUCGUCACCCCGCCCCGAUCCCCGGCCCGGCCCCCCGGCCCCCGGCCCCAGCUCACCCGGCAGUGGCCGCACUGGCUCGUCGCCCACCUGGCAGGGCUCCCCUAGGCCAGAGGGCAGAGGCCAGGGCCGGCUGGUGUCCCUGGCGGCGUCUGGGGCGGGCGGGCUGGCCCUCGUCCCGCCGGCCCCAAGUCUCUCCUGAGAAGGAUCUCUGUCCCAUGUUGACAGCUCCGAAGCCUGGGGCAGCAAGGGCCGCCUGGGCAGAAUGUCACGAUGGACGAGGGGGGCACACCCCUGCUCCCCGACAGCCUCGUCUACCAGAUCUUCCUGAACUUGGGCCCGGCCGACGUGCUGGCCGCGGGGCUGGUGUGCCACCAAUGGCAGGCCGUGUCCCGGGACGAGUUCCUGUGGAGGGAGCAGUUCUACCGCUACUACCAGGUGGCCCGCAACGUGCCCCGACACCCAGCGGCCACAUCCUGGUACGAGGAGUUUCGGCGGCUCUAUGACACAGUGCCCUGCGUGGAGGUGCAGACUCUCAAGGAGCACACCGACCAGGUCCUGCACCUUAGCUUCUCCCACUCGGGCUACCAGUUUGCUUCCUGCUCCAAGGACUGCACCGUGAAGAUCUGGAACAACGACCUGACCAUCUCGCUGCUGCACAGCGCAGACAUGCGGCCCUACAAUUGGAGCUACACCCAGUUCUCCCAGUUCAACCAGGAUGAUUCUCUGCUGCUGGCAUCCGGGGUGUUCCUGGGGCCCCACAACUCCUCCUCGGGCGAGAUCGCUGUCAUCAGCCUAGACACCUUCGCUCUGCUGUCCCGCGUGCGCAACAAGCCCUACGACGUGUUCGGUUGCUGGCUCACGGACACCAGCCUGAUCUCGGGAAACCUGCACCGCAUUGGGGACAUCACGUCGUGCUCUGUGCUCUGGCUCAACAACGCCUUUCAGGACGUGGAGUCGGAGAACGUGAACGUGGUGAAGCGGCUUUUCAAGAUCCAGAACCUCAACGCGAGCACCAUCCGCACCGUCAUGGUGGCCGACUGCAGCCGCUUUGACAGCCCGGAGCUCCUGCUGGACGCCGGCGCCCCUGGCGCGGAUCCCGGCUGUGUUUUCGACCUGAGCAGCGACAGCGAGGAGCCGGCGGUCGACCCGGGCCCGGCCCGCACCAAGGGCUUGCGGCGCCUCCUGGAGGGCCGGGCCCAGCCCCAGCCGUCAGAGUGCGCGCUGGAGACCAAGGCGGCCGAGCUGCUGGCCCAGGGCCACACCAAGCCCCCCGAGCGCGGCUCGGCCGCCGCCGGCAGCAAACUCCUCAUCUUCACCACAGGCUGCUUCACCUACUCACCACACCAGAUCGGCAUCAAGCAGAUCCUGCCGCACCAGAUGACCACGGCGGGGCCCGUGCUGGGCGAGGGCCGGGGCUCCGACGCCUUCUUCGACGCACUUGACCACGUCAUCGACGUGCACGGACACAUCAUCGGCAUGGGCCUGUCCCCCGACAACAGGUACCUGUACGUAAACAGCCGCGCCUGGCCCAGCGGCUCGGUGGUGGCCGACCCCAUGCAGCCACCGCCGAUCGCGGAGGAGAUCGACCUGCUGGUGUUUGACCUCAAGACCAUGCGGGAGGUGAAGCGGGCCCUGCGCGCCCACCGCGCCUACACGCCCAAUGAUGAGUGCUUCUUCAUCUUCCUGGACGUCAGCAGGGACUUCGUGGCCAGUGGGGCGGAGGAUCGGCACGGCUACAUCUGGGACCGCCACUACAACAUCUGCCUGGCCAAGCUGCGGCACCAGGACGUGGUCAACUCAGUGGUCUUCAGCCCCCAGGAGCAGGAGCUCCUGCUGACGGCCAGCGACGACGCCACCAUCAAAGCCUGGCGCUCGCCACGCACGGUGCGUGUCUGCCAAGCCCCGCGUCCGCGCCCGCGCCUUCGCCCCUUCUUCUCCUGGUUCGCCAGCCAGAGGCGCUGAGGGGCGCUGGGACCCACCGAGGAGGCUACAGAGGCCCAUGGCCCUUUUCCGGGGGUUGAGCUGCUGCCCAGAGCGCGCGGGGGCAGAGAAGCUUGCUGCAGAAAUGCCUUAGGACGGGGGCCACGGGGGGGGGGGGGCCGGCCCCCACCACGCUCGUGCACGCACACCGCCUCCCACAGCUGUGACACUCAGCCCUGGGCAGCCGGGGCCGUCUCUGGCUGGCUUGGGCUGCACAGGACACUGGGCCCCCGCUCUUCACCCACCCCCUUCCCCUGGGCCUGGGCUCUGGGACAGUCUGCACAACACCUUCUCCUCGGCCAGCCCUGUGGGGCCCUGGUGGUGUUUGCUGGGCCCAGCCUUGCCCAGGGAGCCCAGGCUCCCUCCUCUGGGAACUUCCCAGCGUCAGGGUCGAGAUGUGGGUCAGGCUGCUGCAGGCCAGGCUGACAUGGGCCCAGGGCACCUGCAUGUCACUGGUCACCUGUUCAGGGUCUGAAUAAACAGUUGGCAACAGCA